AUGAGCUCCGACACCGCAGUGUUCCAGCCGGCCUUUACCGAACCGCCCGGCACCAACCUUGUCGGCAUCCCUGUCAGCAACUUGACGCUGCCGUCGCCGUACGUUGCCUAUGGCCGGCCGUACGACGAGCUCUGUGCCAAGCACGUGCGCGAGACAUUCAAGGCGUCGCGCGUUUACAUUGUCGUGUCCAAGUCGCUGGCGGCCAACACGGACCGACUGGACCGACUGGUGGCGGCUCUUCAGAAGAGCAAUAUUGCGGUUGUCGGCGUGCGCAAAGGCAUCACGCCGCACACGCCGUGGACUGAAAUUCUGAGCAUUGCGGCCGAGUGUCGUGCGGCCCAGGCGGACUGUGUCGUGACACUGGGCGCGGGCAGCACCACAGACGGGGCCAAGCUGGUUGUGCUGUGUCUGGCCAACGACAUCCGCGAGCCGACACAGCUCGCCCGCUACUCGGUGGAGAGCACCGACAUCCCCAAAGACGUGCGACCGCCGACGGUGCCGCUCGUCACGAUCCCCACCAGCCUAUCAGGCGGCGAGUAUUUCAGUCUGGCCGGCGGCACGGACGACACCACGGCGCACAAGUCGCACAAGUACGGCUUCCUGCACUCGGGCAUGGGCGCCAAGCUGAUUAUCCUCGACGCCGCGCUCGCCACGCUGACACCCGCCUAUCACUGGCUCAGCACCGGCGUGCGCAGCGUCGACCACUGCGUCGAAGCCCUGUGCUGUCUGACGGCCACGCCUGCGGCCGAGGACAAGGCGGAGCGCGGCCUGCGGCUGCUGGUGCCCAGCCUCCUGCGCUGCAAAAACGACGACAAGGACGUCGCGGCCCGCCACCGCUGCCAGAUGGCCGUCAACUUGGCCAUGGACAACAUCCGCGCCGGCAUCCCCAUGGGCGGCAGCCACGCCAUCGGCCACCAGCUGGGACCGCUGGGCGUGCCGCACGGCGUCACCAGCUGCAUCAUGUGCGCGGCCGUGAUGAAGUACAAUAUCCGCCACGGGGCCGAAAUCCCGGACAUCACGGCGCGACAGAAGAAGGUGGCCACCAUCUUGUGGUCCGAGCCAGAGGUGGCGGCUGCCUUGCGUGCUGGAGGUCUGGCGCCCGAGACAGCCGACCUGGGCGACCUGAUUGGCACCAUUGUCAAGACACUGGGUCUGCCGCGGUUCCUGAACGAAGUGGGCAUCGGCCGCGACAUCAUACCGAACCUGUCGGUGCGGGCUCUUGAAGACUUUUGGGCGCCGACGAACCCGGUGCCUCUUGUGAAGCCGGAGCAGGUGACGGAGAUUCUGGAGGCCGUAGCAGGGUAG